AUGGAGGCAGUCCCUGCCAUUGUGCCUCCUGUCGCCACGUCGGACAGGGCACGUUGGGGACCCCUGUCGGUGCUGUACACAGCCCUCACAGCCAAGCUGCUGGAGUUUGUUGCUACAUUGCCUGAUGAUGUUCAGCCUGGGCCAGAUUUCUAUGGACUGCCAUGGGAACCUGUACUUAUAACAGCCUUCUUGGGAAUUGUUUCAUUUGGUGUAUUCUUCUGGAGAACUGUCCUUGUUGUAAAGAGUAGAGUUUAUCAAGUCACUGAACAGCAAAUUUCUAACAAGGUGAAAAACAUCACAAGAGAAAAUCAAGAACUUGCACAAAAGUUGUCAGAUUAUGAACAGAAGAUCAAGGAAUCAAAGAAAUAUAUUCACCCCCCCCCCCCCCAAAAUAUGAUACUUCGUGAUGAAGCAAUUAAAUAUAAGGAUAAACUCAAAACACUUGAAAAAACUAGUGAAAUUCUGGAUGACACAGCUAAAAGUCUUCGUGUUCUGUUAGGAUCUGAGAGAGAACAUACUGUCAGGAAUCGGGACUUGAUAUUAGAAAACAGGAAAUCUAUAGAGAAGUUAAACAAUGUGAUCUCCAUGAACGCUUCAGAAUUUUCAGAGGUUCAAAUUGCUCUUAAUGAAGCUAAGCUUAGUGAAGAGAAGGUGAAGUCUGAAUGCCACCGGGUUCAAGAAGAAAAUACUAGGCUUAAGAAGAAAAAAGAGCAGUUGCAGCAGGAAAUCAGAGACUGGAGUGAAUCACAUGCUGAACUGAGUGAGCAAAUCAAAUCAUUUAAGAAGUCUCAGAAAGAUUUAGAAGUAGCUCUUACUCACAAAGAUGAUAAUAUUAAUGCUUUGACUAAUUGCAUUACACAGUUGAAUCAGUUAGAGUAUGAGUCUGAAUCUGAGAGUCAAAAUAAAGGAGGAAAUGAGUCAGAUGAAUUAGCAAAUGGAGAGGUGGGAGGUAACCGGAAUGAGAAAAUGAAAACUCAAAUUAAGCAGAUGAUGUGCGUCUCUCAGACACAAACUACAAUAUCAGUAGUUGAAGAGGAUCUAAAACUCUUACAAUUUAAGAAUUUGAGUCAAGAAGAGUAUGAGCAGCAAGAAAGAGAGCAGCAGCUGUCAACUGCAGAUGAGAAGGCGGUUUUGGCUGCAGAGGAAAGAUUUCAGCUAGACUGCUGGGAAGAAAGAGAAACACUUUUACUUGACAACCCAUUUUAUCUUAGGAAAUUGAGUCAAGAAGAGUAUGAGCGGCAAGAAAGAGAGCAGCAGCUGUCAACUGCAGAUGAGAAGGCGCUUUUGGCUGCAGAGGAAGUAAAAACUUACAAGCGGAGAAUUGAAGAAACGGAGGAAGAAUUGCAGAAAACACAGCGCUCAUUUAGAAACCAGAUUGCUGCUCAGGAAAAGAAACUGCAUGCUAACUGGGUAAAAUUUCAUGCUGCAGAAAGGGCUAUAGCUGAAGAGAAAAGGGAAGCCGCUGACCUGAGACACAAAUUAUGGGAAAUAACUCAGAAGGUGGCACUGCUGCAAGAAGAGCCUGUGAUUGUAAAACCAAUGCCAGGAAGACCAAACACACAGAACCCUUCACGGAGAGGUCCUCUGAGCCACAAUGGCUCGUUUGGCCCAUCCCCUGUGAGUGGUGGAGAAUGCUCCCCUCCACUGGUAGCAGAGCCACCCGGGAGGCCUCUCUCCGCUACGCCUAACCGAAGAGAUAUGCCUAGAAGAGAAUUUGACCCAGGAUCUGGUGCAGCUGCCGUGAUGAACAGCAACUCAAGAAGCUCUUCCCCUUCUAAGGUGAUGGACGAGGGCAAGCAAACUGUUCCCCAAGAGCCUGAAGGCCCUUCAGUUCCCAGCAUUACUUCUUUGGCUGAGCAUCCAGGAGCAGUUAAUAUGGCUCCUAAAGGACCACCACCUCCUUUUUGGGGGGUGCGCUCCAUGAGCUCCCUGGUUGGAGGCCCCAUCCCACCACCCAUUCGAUAUGGACCACCUCCUCACCUCUGCGGGCCUUUCUGGCCUCGGCCGUUUCCUCCGCCAUUCGGUACGAUGAUUUGAAUAGUAGUAACUGACUUGUAAAGCAUAUUCAUCUUUUCUCUCUGUUCCUCCCUAAAACAGUUGCUAUCGCAGGGCUUUGCAAUAGAAGGAUAAAUCUGACUGAGUACAUUUCAAUUUUGGCUCAAGUUCUUAGGAC